AAAAGGGUCCAAAAUUUUAAUUCAAUGGAUCUGUACAAAACCAGAUCACCAUCACGUGAUUUGAAACCACUUUCAGCUGAAAAUUAUGGAGUACAAAAUCGGAGAAAAGAGAAGGUGUCGUCGACAAAGAGGAUUAAAACAGAGUUGACUUUUAGAGACAAAAACAGAGACAUUUCCAAGUGUUUCACAGAUAGUCUUUUCUUGAUCAAUCAAGGAUUUUCCAGAUGUUUAGAAGCUAAGGCACAGUAUACAGUUCAGAGACCACUCUGUUUUCUUACCAAAGCUAACUUGCAAAAUGGGUGGUGUCGUCAGAGAGAGGAUAUGUUUAUUGGCGAUCUCGAUUCUCUGUUCUUUCUCCUCCUUCAUCUUAGUGACAUCAUUAAACGAAGAAGGGCUUAUCCUUCUGGAGUUUAAAGCUUUGCUUAAUGACUCCAAUGGCUAUCUCGGAAGCUGGAAUCAGUCAGAUUCAAAUCCCUGCAACUGGACUGGAAUCGCGUGUACUCGUCUCAGAACUGUAACUUCUGUUGAUCUCAAUGGGAUGAAUCUCUCAGGUACACUAUCUCCUCUCAUAUGCAAGCUUCAUGGUUUAAAGAAACUGAAUGUCUCCACCAACUUCAUCUGUGGUCCAAUCCCACGAGAUUUAUCUCUGUGUCGAAGCCUAGAGGUUCUUGAUCUCUGCACAAACAGGUUCCAUGGAGUGAUUCCAAUUCAGAUAACCAUGAUCAACACUCUUCAGAAGCUUUAUCUAUGCGAGAAUUACCUUUUCGGUUCAAUCCCUAGAUAUAUCGGUAGCUUGAGUUCACUCCAAGAGCUUGUGAUCUACAGCAACAAUCUCACCGGAGUAAUCCCUCCUUCUAUGGGGAAACUGAGACAUCUCAGGGUCAUUAGGGCAGGACGGAACGCGUUCUCUGGUGUGAUUCCUUCUGAAAUCAGCGGAUGCGUGAGCCUAAAGGUACUUGGACUAGCAGAGAAUCUUCUUGAAGGUUCUCUCCCUAAGCAGCUCGAGAAGCUUCAAAACCUCACUGACUUGAUACUCUGGCAAAACCGUUUAUCCGGCAAGAUACCUCCUUCUGUUGGAAACAUCACCAGUCUUGAGGUGCUUGCGCUGCACGAAAACUACUUCACGGGAUCUAUUCCAAGAGAGAUUGGGAAGCUAGCAAAGUUGAAAAGGCUGUACCUUUACACAAACCAGUUAACCGGAGAGAUACCUCGCGAGAUCGGAAACUUGACAGAUGCAAUGGAGAUAGACUUUUCAGAGAAUCAGUUAACGGGUUUCAUACCAAGAGAGUUUGGUCAGAUGUUAAAUCUGCAAUUAAUUCAUCUUUUUGAGAACAAUCUUCGAGGUCCGAUUCCUAGGGAGCUUGGAGAACUUGCACUGUUGCAGAAGCUAGACUUGUCUAUCAAUAGACUAACCGGUACUAUCCCACGAGAGCUUCAGUUCUUAACUUAUCUUGUUGAUCUGCAACUCUUUGACAACCAGCUUGAAGGGACGAUUCCUCCUCUUAUCGGUUUCUACAGCAACUUUUCUGUUCUUGACAUGUCUGCAAAUCUUCUUUCUGGUUCAAUUCCUGCUCAUUUCUGCAGAUUCCAGAAGCUGAUACUUCUGAGUCUUGGUUCGAACAAGUUAUCAGGGAACAUCCCGGACGAUCUUAAAACCUGCAAGUCGCUGACAAAGCUAAUGUUAGGAGAUAACCGGCUAACAGGAACUCUUCCCGUUGAGUUAUUUAAUCUUCAGAACCUCUCUGCAUUAGAGCUUCACCAAAACUGGUUAUCAGGGAACAUAUCCGCAGACCUAGGAAAGCUGAAGAAUCUAGAGAGACUGCGUCUAGCUAACAACAAUUUCACCGGUGAAAUUCCUCAUGAGAUUGGGAAUCUCACAAAGAUUGUUGGAUUAAACAUCUCCUCCAAUCAGCUCACAGGUUACAUUCCUAAAGAGUUGGGGAGUUGUGUCACUAUCCAGAGGCUUGACCUUAGCGGCAACAAGUUUUCUGGAUACAUAGCAGAAGAGCUUGGCCAGUUGGUGAAUCUAGAGAUUUUGAAGUUGUCUGAUAAUAGAUUGACCGGAGAAAUUCCUCAUAGCUUUGGAGAUCUUACUCGGCUCAUGGAGUUACAACUAGGAGGCAAUCUCUUGUCUGAAAGCAUCCCUGUGGAGCUCGGUAAAUUAACCUCUCUGCAAAUCUCACUCAACAUCAGUCACAAUAAUCUCUCGGGCACGAUUCCAGACAGUUUAGGGAAUCUUCAAAUGUUGGAGAUACUUGACUUAAACGACAACAAGCUUUCAGGUGAGAUCCCUGCAUCAAUUGGGAAUCUCAUGAGCCUCCUCAUCUGCAAUAUCUCAAACAAUGACUUGGCAGGGACUGUACCAGACACAGCAGUCUUUCAGAGGAUGGAUUCAUCAAACUUUGCUGGAAACCACGGUUUGUGUAACCCUCGGAGAAGCCACUGCGAAUCACUUGUCCCACAUUCUGAUUCAAAGCAAAACUGGUUAAUGAACGGUUCACAGAGGCAAAAGAUCUUGACAAUCGCUUGUAUAGUGAUCGGCUCAGUUUCUCUUCUCACUUUUCUUGGUAUCUGUUGGGAAAUAAAGCGACGUGAACCAGCGUUUGUUGCUCUUGAGGAUCAGACAAAACCGGAUAUCAUGGACAGCUACUAUUUCCCUAAACAAGGUUUCACAUAUCAAGGCCUUGUGGAUGCAACUAGAAACUUCUCUGAAGACAUGGUUUUAGGGAGAGGAGCGUGUGGAACGGUUUACAAAGCUGAAAUGUCAGAUGGUGAAGUGAUAGCCGUCAAGAAGCUGAAUUCUCGAGGAGAAGGAGCUAGUUCUGAUAAUAGCUUCAGAGCUGAGAUAUCAACACUUGGAAAGAUAAGGCACCGGAAUAUAGUGAAGCUAUAUGGUUUCUGCUAUCACCAGAACUCAAAUCUUCUCUUGUAUGAGUACAUGUCAAAGGGAAGUCUCGGGGAACAGCUUCAGAGAGGUGAGAAAACUUGCUUGUUGGAUUGGAAUGCUCGAUAUAGAAUCGCACUCGGUGCAGCAGAGGGUUUGUGUUACCUCCAUCAUGAUUGCAGACCACAAAUAGUUCACCGCGACAUUAAAUCAAACAACAUUCUUCUUGAUGAGCUUUUCCAGGCUCAUGUGGGAGAUUUUGGCCUGGCUAAGUUGAUUGAUCUCUCUUACUCAAAGUCCAUGUCAGCUGUUGCUGGCUCUUACGGAUACAUAGCUCCAGAAUAUGCGUACACCAUGAAGGUGACAGAGAAAUGCGAUAUCUAUAGCUUUGGAGUUGUGCUUUUGGAGCUGAUAACAGGAAAGCCUCCGGUUCAACCGUUGGAGCAAGGAGGGGAUCUAGUCAAUUGGGUUAGAAGAUCAAUACGUAACAUGGUACCAACAAUUGAAAUGUUUGAUGCGAGGCUGGAUAUGAAUGACAAGAGAACGGUUCAUGAGAUGUCUCUAGUCCUAAAGAUUGCACUGUUCUGCACCAGCAACUCUCCAGCUAGUAGACCAACUAUGAGAGAAGUUGUCGCUAUGAUUUUCGGAGCUCGGGAAUCAACUAGCGCCUCCUCUUCCUCUUCCUUCACAUCAGAAACUCCUCUUGAAGAAGAAAACUCCUCCAAAGAAAUUGACUUUGCUGCAUCACCUUGAAGUCAACAAAUUAAUCCGGUUAGUCCGGUUCGGUACAGAGAGAGGAAUCUAAAAUUGUUAAUUCUGGUCCACUUGAGCCUCUAAUGACCAAGACAUUCUAAACAUUGCAGAACAUGUAAAGCAUGAUUAAACUAUUUUUGCAAGAGAACAAAACAGAGUCCAGGAACUAGAUUUUCCUUCCCCGUGAAAUAAAAUCAAUUUGUUUAGAGGAAA